AUGACUCGCCCGCCAGGCGCGAGCUUCGCGGAGUUCUUCCCCACUGCUCCCAAGGUAAAAGCUCAGGCUCAGACUCGCGCAGACCAGGUUAGGGAUCGCGAUCGCUUUAAAACAGCAUCGACACCAGCCACUAUCAACGGCACCAUCGACUCCACAACAGGUACAGCUGUGCUAGAAGCCGACGCGAAUGUCAGCCUUAACGGCAUUGUUUCAGCGUCGGAUACUAUGCCAACACAACCUGACGACACCGAAUCCCCAUUCACAGAUAUCCCCAACACCGUCGACUCGGCCAGCUCAUAUAGCAGCGCGGCCUCAUCGAUAUUCAGCACAUCCACCCGCCACGGUGCCGCGGCGACUACAGCUUCGUCCCGUCUUCCCACUUCGAGCCUCACCCCAAGCGCCUUCAAAGAAUCUCCCAACUCGGCUCCAGCCGCCGCAAAGCCAGAUAUGUCUACGUAUCAGACCUCCGAUCGGGCCGCGAGACAGUCCUCUCGAAACUCACCGGCCACUGGCCCGAAUGUCUCGAUAUCAAACGGACUUCCCUCCAAUGAGCGCAUUCCGGCUCGAGAUCCUUUGCCCUCCGUCAAGGGCCUCAGAUGCACCUAUGAUCCGCUCCUCGAUCGAGUACACAAUAAGAGCGUCAGCAAAAGCGCCAAACCAACAUAUGAAGAGUUCGGUCGAGAAGAUGACGCCCCCCCUCCUAAAGACCCCCGACUGGCCAGGUCGGAUGGUCGCCUCGGUUAUAUCAACACCGACUACUACCUGCCCAAAUCACGGCUACGAACAGCGCCUGAGAACAUCAAGCCUUAUCCCUACGAUCCCAAGACCUCCAUUGGCCCUGGCCCACCUACACAGAUUGUCGUGACAAGAUACAAUCCGCUCAUUCCCUUCAGCAAGGUGACGGCUAUCUUUGCUAGUUUCGGUGAGAUAGCAGAAAGCAGCAACAAGAUGCACCCAGAGACAGGUAGCUAUCUUGGAUUUGCGACAAUUCGAUAUCGAGAUUCUAAGCGACCCGAUCGUCCGCCUGUCUCUGGUAUUGAUGCAGCUCGUCGUGCGGUGCGAGCCCGUGGAAUCAAGGUCGAUGCAGACAUCGUUCGUGUAGAGUACGAUGCCGAAGGUCGCAGGAGCCGGCGAAUGUUGGAAGAACACCUUAAGAGGGAGAAGGAAAAGUUUGAGAAAAUCGAACAGGAACGACUCGCUCUUGCAGCCAAAGCACCACCGACCGGCCCAAAAUCCGGAACAGCUCCUGCCUUCACGAGACCUCCCCCAACGGCCCCGAAAGGCGAUAGUGUCCCAGUCUUACCCAGUAUCCUUCCCCACAUGAAGAAACGACUUAAGAGUUACGGCUUCGAGGAGAUCCGUGUCGACAAAUCAGGUUAUUUCAUUGUCUUUCGUAAUUCGUUUACUGGUAGCUCGGAAGCUGAGCGAUGUUUCCGCGCCGUUAACCAUACCGAAUUCUUCAACUAUGAUAUGACCAUGCAGCUUUGCUUACCUCGUCCUCGUCGAGAGGACGGCUCCGGUCGUCGGCGAUCUAGUGCGAGCUCCGACCGACAUACACACGCCGAACCACGGUAUCGUGACGAAAAGGAUAGAAGACGCCGAGAGGAAGAAGCGGAUCUUGAAGAGGAGAAAAAGCAGAGAGCUAAGAACUUUGACCCUGUGAUCGAGGCGGUGGAAGUUGUUCGACGUGAGAUGAUGGAACAUCUUAUACGGCAUAUACGCACUAAGGUCGCAGCGCCUGCUCUCUCGGACUUCCUGGACCCCGCCAACCAUGCUGCCAAGCGACGAAAGCUAAACAUUGAGCAUCCUGAUGACCUACAAGAGAUACCCAGCAUCGAGGAUGGCAAUGACAGCUCUCGUGUGGGAACGCCCAACUCUCGCGCUGACCCAAUUGAGCGCCGAACUGGUCGUCUCGAACCAAAGGCUCUUCCAAGAAUUCGCAAGACCAAGGUCAAGGGCCAGGCACAAAAGAGUGCCUUUGUUGAUCCGUUUGCUAGAAAGCGUCCACCUGUUGCCCGCAACGCCUUCCGUUCUCUCCAUCACCGUCUGAGAAGCCUUGACAGUGAUGCUGAAUCCGACGACGACACGGAUACCCGUGCAUUAUUAGCUCGAGAGACAGAAGAGGCUGAUUCUCGCCCGCGCAGCCGAAUGAGCACCGAUGAUGAAGCUUCCAAGGACGAUUUCGUACCCUGGGAACAAGGCGAGGAUGACUCGAUGACCGAGGCCAGUUUCGCCAUAGCAGACACAGCAAGCACUAGAAAACGAAAGUUAGUCGCCUCACUUGAAUCGGUCUUCAAGCGCCAGAAGAAAUCGGAUGAGGAACUAUUCGGUGUCAACCUUGAAACACUUGAUUCGGAAUUCAAGGGGCGCGAAGACUCUGUUGACAUCAUUCCCGAGCCAGAAACGGGCGACGACGUGGAAAGUAGAGUUUCCCGUUCUGAGACCCCGGCCUCGGCCAUUGGCAAGCCUCUAAAGAAGAGGCCCGGGAAGAGGAAAAAGACGAAGAAAGCGUCAUUUGAAGAGCCCGAGGCCGCGAAAACCCAACCAGAGACAGAGCAACAGCCCGGCGAUGAAGCCACAGAACCUUCCAAAGUUAAGCAAGAGAAGGCGGAGAAAACGUCUAUGGAAGAACUGGUCCCGGAGAAGUUUGACGAAAAGCUCUUUGCUACUGAGCCCUUGACACCUGCUCUUGAGUUACCGGAAGGCGCCAAGCCCGACUUACCAAUAUUCCAGGGCUUGACAGUCAGUGCCCAAGAUAUACCUGAUCUGGCCAAACUUGCCAGGAGGUUUAAUACUAAGGACAUCGGGAAUGCGGAGUUGUGGCUGUGGACCCGCAACCGCAUCAGGGAGCUCAACUCUGCAAGACGCACGUUGGACUCUCCUGUUACUAUUGGAGGAUAUUACGUGCCCAACCCUACUGGCUGUGCCCGUACGGAAGGUGUCAAGAAGAUUCUCAACUCGGAAAAGUCGAAGUACCUCCCUCACCAUAUCAAGGUGCAGAAGGCAAGACAAGAACGGGAGGCCCGCAACAAGUUGGGUAGAGACGCCGCUGCAGAAGCCGCGGAUGCCGCAAGAAUCGCUGCCGAGAAACUGGUCGCUAAGGGAAACUCACGAGCGAAUCGCGCUACCAACCGUCGCUACGUUGCUGACCUCAAUGAUCAGAAAAAGACUCUUGGCCAGGACUCCGAUGUCUUCAAAUUCAAUCAGCUCAAGAAGCGAAAGAAGCCCGUCAAGUUUGCUCGUUCGGCUAUUCACAACUGGGGUCUGUACGCCAUGGAGAACAUUGCAAAGGACGACAUGAUUAUCGAGUAUGUCGGCGAGCAAGUUCGGCAGCAGAUCUCUGAAAUCCGCGAGAACCGAUAUCUCAAAAGUGGCAUUGGAAGCAGCUAUUUGUUCCGUAUUGACGACAACACCGUCAUCGACGCAACCAAGAAGGGUGGCAUUGCGCGAUUCAUCAACCACAGUUGUAUGCCUAACUGUACUGCCAAGAUUAUUAAAGUUGAGGGAAGCAAGCGCAUUGUCAUCUACGCGUUGCGCGACAUUGCCCUGAACGAAGAGCUGACGUAUGAUUAUAAAUUCGAGCGUGAAAUCGGCAGUACUGACCGUAUUCCUUGUCUCUGCGGCACUGCGGCCUGCAAGGGCUUCCUCAACUGA